GUUGCCCCUCAGCCCCUCUAACCCGCCGCUUGUACCUCUCUACUUCCAGUACUUACCUUACAUACGUAUGAUACAUACUUACUCCUCCUACCUACCGUAUAUUACAAAUUUUCCUUUUCUCUUUUUUCUCCCUCCUGCUCCUACCCACUGCAACUUGCAACUUGCACUUGCACUUUGCAUUCUCCCAACUUGCUUGUCGCAUACUUGCCUUCCGCAACAACCCACAGCUGUAGAGUUACCAUCAAAACACCGCCAAAAUGGUCAACUUCACGAUUGACGAGAUCCGGCAGCUUAUGGACAAGCCGACCAAUGUCCGUAACAUGUCCGUCAUUGCCCACGUCGAUCAUGGAAAGUCCACCUUGACCGAUUCCCUGCUGGCUAAGGCCGGUAUUAUCUCCACCGCAAAGGCUGGUGAUGCGAGAGCCACAGAUACAAGAGCCGACGAACAGGAACGUGGUAUUACUAUCAAGUCUACGGCUAUCUCCCUGUACGGUACUCUUCCCAGCGAGGAGGACUUGAAGGACAUCGUCGGCCAAAAGUCCGAUGGUACUGAUUUCUUGAUCAACCUCAUUGACUCGCCCGGUCACGUUGAUUUCUCUUCUGAAGUCACUGCUGCUCUCCGUGUCACUGAUGGUGCCCUUGUCGUCGUCGACACCAUCGAGGGUGUCUGCGUCCAGACCGAGACUGUUUUGCGUCAGGCUCUGACUGAGCGCAUCAAGCCUGUUGUCGUCAUCAACAAGGUUGACCGUGCUCUUCUCGAACUCCAGGUUUCCAAGGAGGACUUGUACCAGACCUUCUUGCGAACCAUCGAGUCCGUCAACGUCGUUAUUUCUACCUACCUUGACAAGUCCCUGGGCGACCUCCAGGUCUACCCUGAGAAGGGAACCGUCGCCUUCGGUUCCGGUCUUCACGGCUGGGCCUUCACCAUCCGCCAGUUCGCCAUCCGUUACGCCAAGAAGUUCGGUGUCGACCGAAACAAGAUGAUGGAGCGUCUCUGGGGUGACAACUACUUCAACGCCGCCACCAAGAAGUGGACCAACAAGGGUACCCACGAGGGCAAACAGCUCGAGCGUGCCUUCAACCAGUUCAUCUUGGACCCCAUCUUCAAGAUCUUCGCCGCUGUCAUGAACUUCAAGAAGGAAGAGGUCGCCACCCUGCUUUCCAAGCUCGACCUCAAGCUUCCUGCUGAGGACAAGGAGAAGGAGGGCAAGCAGCUCCUCAAGGCCGUCAUGCGAACAUUCUUGCCCGCUGCCGACUCCCUUUUGGAGAUGAUGAUCCUCCACCUUCCUUCCCCAGUCACAGCUCAGAAGUACCGUGCUGAGACUCUCUACGAGGGUCCCAUCGAUGACGAGGCUGCCAUUGGUAUCCGUGACUGUGACCCCAAGGGUCCCCUCAUGCUUUACGUUUCCAAGAUGGUGCCCACUUCCGAUAAGGGUCGUUUCUACGCUUUCGGUCGUGUCUUCUCCGGUACAGUCAAGUCUGGUAUCAAGGUCCGCAUCCAGGGUCCCAACUACACCCCUGGCAAGAAGGAGGACCUGUUCAUUAAGGCCAUCCAGCGUACCGUUCUGAUGAUGGGUGGCAAGGUCGAGCCCAUUGAUGACAUGCCUGCUGGUAACAUUGUUGGUCUCGUUGGUAUUGACCAGUUCUUGCUCAAGUCCGGUACCCUGACCACCCUUGAAACCGCCCACAACCUUAAGGUCAUGAAGUUCUCCGUAUCACCCGUCGUCACCCGAUCCGUCCAGGUCAAGAACGCCCAGGAUCUUCCCAAGCUUGUUGAAGGUCUCAAGCGUCUAUCCAAGUCCGACCCCUGCGUCCUUACUUCCACCAGCGAGUCUGGUGAGCACGUCGUUGCUGGUGCUGGUGAACUUCACCUCGAGAUCUGCUUGAAGGAUCUUGAGGAAGACCACGCUGGUGUUCCCCUCAUCUUCUCCGACCCCGUCGUCCAGUACCGUGAGACCGUCAGUGCCAAGUCGUCCAUCACUGCUCUCUCCAAGUCCCCCAACAAGCACAACCGUCUAUACAUGGUUGCUGAGCCCAUGGACGAGGAGUUGGCUAAGACCAUCGAGGAUGGCAAGAUCUCUCCCCGUGACGAUUUCAAGGCUCGUGCCCGUGUACUAGCUGACGACUUCGGCUGGGAUGUCACUGAUGCCCGUAAGAUUUGGUGUUUCGGUCCCGAUGGUACCGGCGCCAACUUGCUCGUCGACCAGACCAAGGCCGUGCAAUACCUCAACGAAAUCAAGGACUCUGUUGUCUCCGGUUUCCAGUGGGCUACCCGUGAAGGUCCCAUUGCCGAGGAGCCCAUCCGUAGCGUCCGCUGGAACAUCCUUGAUGUUACUCUGCACGCUGAUGCUAUCCACCGUGGCGGUGGUCAGCUCAUCCCCACUGCCAGACGUGUGCUCUACGCUGCUACCCUGCUGGCUGAUCCCGCUCUGCAAGAGCCUGUCUUCUUGGUCGAGAUUCAAGUACCCGAGAGUGCCAUGGGCGGUGUUUACGGUGUCUUGACCCGUAGAAGAGGUCACGUCUUCAACGAGGAGCAGCGCCCUGGUACUCCUCUGUUCACCAUCAAGGCUUACCUCCCUAUUGCCGAGUCCUUCGGCUUCAACGCCGAUCUCCGACAGGCCACCUCCGGCCAGGCCUUCCCUCAGAUGGUGUUCGACCACUGGCAACUCUUGCCCGGUGGCUCACCUCUCGACAAGACCUCCAAGGUCGGCCAGGUCGUCGAGACGAUGCGGAAGCGCAAGGGUAUCAAGAUCGAGGUACCAGACGUUAGCAACUACUAUGACAAGCUAUAAAAGAUUCCGCACUUUGAUUAUAGACUACAACCUCAUCCCAAUUUUCACGAAUAUCAUGAGACGGCUCGACGCAUUGCUGGCGCGUUUGGGGAUGAUGGGGGGUCUUCGAGGUUGGCAAGGCUUGAUUUGAGCCUGUGUGGGAUUGAAAAGGUAGACAAAGGCACUUGGUAUGACCCUUUGUAGCGACUUUGUAGCUUGUAUUCCAUCCAUCUGGCUUACCUGUAGUUUCGAGGACAAUUGAUAAUGAGUUAAGAACAUACCUAAUGUAUGAUUUGCAUGUCUGAUAUGUCUUCGGUAGUUAUCCUUAUAUCUUUAAUGAUAGAAUGCGAAUACUAAUAGACGACGCAUAGUA